AUGUGGGAUUCGUCGACCUCCGCCAUGCCAGAAAUUUUUCAAAGGAUGCGACUUCAAAUUUCACAGGGAAAAUCCACUAGAAGGAGACAGAUCCUGCGACGCCUGUGCCUUGAUAUACAAGGCUUCUUGUACCAAUGCUUCCGUGUUAAAAAUCCCCAUGAUUUACAUCCCUGUUGCGCAAACCUUCCACUGUUCUUCUCUCUUCCGGAUACCGACAUGGAAAUCUACCUAUGCGAAGAGAUUAAAUCGAAAUGCUUGAAAUGCCAAAGCAAGAAAAGGUCAUCAGGCAAAGCCCAGGGUUUGUCCUAUGUUUCUUCGGAUGGUAAAUUCUGUUACCAUGUGGCCUGUCUGAAAGAAGCCUGUCUGGAGAAUUGGAAAAAGGGUUAUUUUCAACCUGAUGUUAUUGCUGAUGAUAAGAACAAAAGCCUUGCAUUGCAAAAUCUUGCUCCAAAAGAAGUUGCGCUCGUCCGAGAUGGGGGCCAAAGCUCUAAUGCAAUGAACGGUAUCAAAUGGUUGAUCAUAUUUCUCAAGCUGGUCGUUUCAGCUAUAUUUGGAGAGCCAUUGACUUUAAUUUCUACUUUGUUUCAAAUUUAUGAUCAGAACUAG